CCAGGUCCUACUGUCUGUCUCUUUCCAGGCAUUUAAACUCCCAGAUUCAGGUUUGCUUGUACAUCUCUGCCUCGUGCAUUCCUGACAGCAGAGCUUAUUGACAGCUGUCUUAAUUGAGGAAAAGCCAUCCACCUCUUCUGGUUAUUGCCAUGAGGAAGCUGUACACCCUCUUUCUCUUUGUAGUGGGCUCCUUUUACUUGAACGGAAGCAGUGCAGCAGAUGCUGAAGAAAAGCUCAUGAAUUACCUGCUGAGUCCUGCCAGGUACAAUAAGUUGAUUCGACCUGCUGUCAACUCAUCCCAGCUGGUAUCUAUAGAACUCCUGGUUUCCCUGGCACAGCUCAUCAGUGUGAAUGAACGGGAGCAGAUCAUGACUACAAACGUCUGGCUGAACCAGGAGUGGAUUGACUACCGUUUGGCCUGGAAGCCCUCUGACUAUGAGGGGAUUGAUAAGCUGAGGAUACCUGCAAAACACAUCUGGUUGCCAGACAUUGUGCUUUACAACAAUGCUGAUGGCACAUAUGAAGUCUCACUCUACACAAAUGCCAUUGUGAAGAACAAUGGCAGCAUCCGUUGGCUGCCUCCAGCCAUUUACAAGAGUGCCUGCAAGAUUGAAGUGAAGCAUUUCCCCUUUGAUCAGCAGAACUGCACUCUCAAGUUCCGUUCCUGGACCUACGAUCACACAGAAAUAGACAUGGUGCUGAAAACCUCCACGGCCAGCAUGGAUGACUUCACACCCAGUGGAGAGUGGGACAUUGUAGCCCUCCCAGGAAGAAGGACUGUAAACCCUUUGGACCCCAAUUAUGUGGAUGUGACGUAUGACUUCAUUAUUAAGAGGAAACCUCUCUUUUACACCAUCAAUCUUAUCAUUCCCUGUGUGCUAAUUACAUCCUUAGCCAUCCUGGUGUUCUACUUGCCUUCAGACUGUGGGGAAAAAAUGACCUUAUGCAUAUCUGUGUUGCUUGCCUUGACUGUGUUCUUGCUGCUGAUCUCCAAAAUCGUCCCCCCGACAUCUCUAGAUGUUCCACUGAUAGGGAAGUAUCUCAUGUUCACAAUGGUCCUCGUGACCUUCUCAAUAGUGACCAGUGUCUGUGUACUCAACGUCCACCACAGAUCUCCAAGUACUCACACUAUGCCCCCCUGGGUAAAAGUGGUUUUUCUUGAAAGACUCCCAGCCUAUCUGUUCAUGAAGCGUCCAGAAAAUCCCCCUCCAAGGCAAAAGCUCUGCAACUGCAAGAAGACCAAGGCAGAAAAUCCAUGUAUGGACCCAGCUGACUUCUACAAGAACUCAACGUAUUUUUUGAACGCAGCCUCUGCAAAAAAAUAUGACAUGAAAAUCACUGAGACUCUUGACAGUGCCAGCAGCCAUCGAGACUUUAGGUUAAGAACAGGCACCAAAUUUUCUCCUGAAGUCCAAGAAGCAAUUGAUGGAGUCAGUUUUAUAGCAGAGCACAUGAAAAGUGAUGACAAUGAUCAGAGUGUCAUUGAAGAUUGGAAGUAUGUUGCCAUGGUAGUGGACAGGCUGUUCCUCUGGAUAUUCGUCCUUGUUUGUGUCCUGGGCACUGUUGGAUUAUUUCUGCAGCCACUUUUUCAGAACCACACAGCUGCCAUGAACCCUUAG